AUGGUUCUUUGGGAUGCCACUGUGAAAAAAGCCAUCACCUCUGUGUGGGCAAAAGUAGACGCUGAAGUUGAUGGCUUUCAGGUUUUGCUAAGGACACUGUAUGUGAAUCCCUGGACUAAGAGGUACUUUAACCAUUUUGGUGCCUUGUCUUCUAUCAAAGAUAUUGAGUCAAACCCAAAAGUGAGAGCUCAUGGUAAAAAAGUAUUGUCUGCCAUGGAUGAUACCAUCAAGCAUAUGGAUAAUAUCAAGGGUCAUCUUUCACAGCUGAGCCAGCUGCACUCCAACAAACUCCAUGUGGAUCCAGCAAACUUUGAGCUUCUUGGAAACAAUAUAGUGAUUGUGCUGGCAGCCAAACUUGGUGCUGGUGAAUUUACUCCUGAAGUCCAAGCUGCCUUCCAGAAACUAGUGGCUGCCAUUUCCUCUGCUCUGUCCAAGCAAUACCACUAG